CCCCCCCCCGGCCGCCCGGGGCACCGGUUAUUUAAAGGCGCGCCGGCUCCACGCUGUCGCGGUCCGCGGGCCUGGUCUGAGUGUGCAGCGCAGCAGCAUGGCGACCCACAUCGUGCUCUCCAACGGCGCCAAGAUGCCCUUCGUGGGGCUGGGCACCUGGAAGUCCUCUCCGGGCAGAGUGACGGAGGCUGUGAAGGUGGCGAUUGACGUUGGGUACCGCCACAUUGACUGUGCCCACGUGUACCAGAACGAGAACGAGGUGGGCGUGGCCAUCCAGGAGAAGAUCAAGGAGCAGGUGGUGAAGCGUGAGGACCUCUUCAUCGUCAGCAAGCUGUGGUCCACGUACCAUGACAAGAACCUGGUGAAAGGAGCCUGCCAGAAGACGCUCAGCGACCUGAAGCUGGACUACCUGGACCUCUACCUUAUCCACUGGCCCGUCAGUUUCAAGCCCGGGAGCGAAUUUUUCCCGUUGGAUUCGAAGGGCAACGUGAUUCCCUCUGACACGGAUUUUGUGGACACGUGGGAGGCCAUGGAAGAGCUGGUGGACGAGGGGCUGGUAAAGUCCAUUGGGAUCUCCAACUUCAACCAUCUCCAGAUCGAGAAGCUCUUAAACAAACCUGGCUUAAAGCAUAAGCCGGUGGUGAACCAGAUCGAGUGCCACCCGUACCUCACUCAGGAGAAGCUGAUCAGUUAUUGCCAGUCCAAAGGCAUCGUGGUGACAGCCUACAGUCCCCUCGGCUCUCCCGACAGGCCCUGGGCCAAACCCGAGGACCCUUCCCUGCUGGAGGACCCCAGGAUCAAAGCCAUAGCUAAGAAGUACAAUAAAACCACAGCCCAGGUUCUGAUCCGGUUCCCCCUCCAGAGGAAUUUGAUCGUGAUCCCCAAGUCUGUGACCCCUGAGCGCAUCACCGAGAACUUUCAGGUCUUUGACUUUGAGCUGAGCAGCGAGGAUAUGACCACCUUACUGAGCUACAAUAGGAACUGGAGGGUCUGUGCCUUGGUGAGCUGUGCCUCCCACCAGAAUUACCCCUUCCAUGCCGAGUUUUGAAGCUGUGGGUGCCUGCUCUUCCCCAGGUCACCUGCCACCGUCUCCUGCCUCGUUCUUCCUGCCUUGUUCUUCGAGUAUGCAGUAUAGUGUGGCCUGUCGUUGGGGCCAAUGAGCAGUCUCAGUAGAUUGGAAACUUCCUGUUUUCUUUGCCCUUCUUGUCUGGGGAAGAUGCAACCUCGAUACUAUUUCCUGACUAAGUUGAAUCUACAAAGUGAAAAUUAGUGCCACUAACAAUGGGAUUUUGGUUGCUUGGAAUUUGAAUCCUUUCAG